AUGUCAAAAAGUUGUAUGUAUAUGGUCUCAGUGCUCGAGAGGCAGAUAUUUGACUUCCUUGGUUAUCAGUGGGCACCCAUCCUCGCAAAUUUUAUACACAUUAUUAUAGUCAUACUUGGCUUAUUUGGAACCAUCCAGUAUAGACCUCGUUACAUAACAGGAUAUGCUAUCUGGCUGGUCCUUUGGGUUACAUGGAACGUGUUUGUUAUCUGCUUCUAUUUGGAGGCUGGAGACCUUUCAAAGGAAACAGACCUCAUUCUGACCUUUAACAUCUCAAUGCACCGUUCUUGGUGGAUGGAGAAUGGGCCGGGCUGCACCGUGACCUCAGUAACCCCAGCACCCGACUGGGCACCAGAGGAUCAUCGUUAUAUCACUGUCUCGGGGUGUUUCCUUGAAUAUCAGUACAUAGAAGUGGCUCACAGUUCUCUUCAGAUCUUCCUUGCACUGGCAGGCUUCAUCUAUGCCUGUUAUGUUGUGAAGUGUAUUACUGAAGAAGAGGACAGCUUUGAUUUCAUAGGUGGAUUUGACUCUUACGGCUAUCAAGGUCCACAGAAGACAUCUCAUUUACAGCUACAGCCCAUGUAUAUUGCCAACAGUGUGCUCUAUGCUGUACAAGCCAAGAAGCCUAGACAGUCCCUUCAAAACGAAUACGCUUUUUGAACAGAGCGGGACAGAACCGAUGCUCAUGUACCUCCUUGCAGAGUGGCCACAGCUGAUGUACUCAAAAGCAGCUUCCUGGCAUUCUGUGCCGGAGAUGCCAGUGCUCAUUUCCAGACCGUGGGAGAAGGACACAAUAAGAUGGCGGAAAUCAAUUAUCAAGACAAAAUUUUCCUCUUGGGAGGUGACCGAGGAAGGUCAAAGUAAACAUGGGGACUACUCAAGGUGGGCUGGAGGACCUUUCAAAAUAUCUCUUUCAGGAUGGCCUCCUGGUUCUUCAAAAAGAAAAGAAAUCCAAUUGUUGUGCUACAAAUAGUCUAUAAAAGCUGAUUGAACAGUGAGACAGAAAACAACAGAGACCUUCAGCCUCCCUUUCUAACAGGUACUAAAGGAGAUGCCCCAGACCCCCUCCUUGGACCUCCUGCCUGGCAGCACCAGAUGGACACAGCAGAGGCAUUGGUGCCACCUUUUGUCCCUUUCUUUCCCCCACCACCACCAGCACGGCCCACCUGGAUUAAGACAUGAACCCAGCCCAGGCAGUGCUGUGGGAGCCUCCUCCACACUCCAGGCCGUGCUGAGUCUCCUCAGCCCACACAACACCGAAAUACCAGGAUGACCUUGCAGCAGAAGUCAAUAGACAGCGCAUUGUUUGCCCUGAAGGCUGUACAGUUCAUACUUGCCUUAACCCAACUGCGUUGCACAUUAGAGAAACUACGUGCAAACUUUCUGAAGUUAACAUGCUGCUGUUAAUUCUGAACGAUUUCUAAGUCAGUGGUUUUCUUCUGUUUGGUUUUGCUUUGUUUUCAUGUCAGGGAAUAAGGCUCUGUUGCUCCAUGGCUCCAGAGCAACCAAGUAGAAAACUGCCAGCUGUCUGAUAAGUGCUUUACUUUUGGGGCUCCACAGUGGUCAAGAAACAGUUUAUAAUGACUAAAAAGAAAAAUGAAUAAAUAAAUAAACGAGACCUUUUUGGGGUCAGGGUGGGGAAAGGGGUAACAGAAACUAAUAAUUGAACCUACUGGAAACAAGCAGCAGAAACAGUGCUUCUUAAUGCCGCUGGUUUCAUUUAUCACACUGUAGGUGCUUUUAUAGCUAUCUAAACAUCUUUUACUAACUACAGACACAUCUGCAGAUUUCUAUGAACAAAGGCCAACUGAAUAUGUACUAGCUACGUUUACUCUUUUAUAUCUUAUUUCAACUAAAAAUUCUCUGUGAGUGAACUUUUUUUUCUAAUUACACCAUAAGGGAUCCACAUAUUUUAUUUUUCAAUUUUGGUUGGAGAGGGCAGGGAGGGACUAGUUGAGUUGAAGAAACUGAAGACCUUUUUGUGGUAUAUUUGGGGGAUCUGUUGUGUGUUAGAACGUGUAUUUUACCUUCCUGUAUUAUUGUGGCUGAAAAAAAACUCUGUGCUGUUACGUAGUUGGCAACAAGAUGCCUUUGGGAAUUUUGCUAGUAGGUCGAUGUGUUAUAUGAAAUACUCUGAACUCCUAGAAACAUAUGUUUUAUUCUACAUCUGAUCUGUAUUUUCAAGAACGUAGAUGGCUUUCACUAGGAAAACCCAAUAUUUUGCUCAGGUUUUUCAAGAACUUGGAUUGUCAUUGUUUCUUUGCUCAGACCUUGCAUAGACAAAAGCACGCACCUACCACACCUGAGGUGACCACAUAGCUUUUGAGGGCAAGAGGGAAGGUCAGCGCUUGGAAAAGCUCGAGGCAUCCCUGAGCAACUCCCUUUUCCCUGCUGGCCAAAUCCUUGCUCCAAAGGCCUGUGUGCUCACACCACCCACCCAUCCCUGUACGAGCCAGUGCCCUUUGCUGUGUCUGCAUGGAUGUACAGCGUCACAAGCAGCAACUCUGGACAACGACAGAGGAACAGGCGUUCACCAGUGAACACAAGAUACAGGACAUGUUCAGGAACUAUACCUACAUUGAUCCAGUGAGAUUUAUAUAGAUAUAGAUAGAUAUAUAUAUAUGUAAGUGUGUGAAUGUGUGUGUAUGUCUAUGUAUAUAAAAUACACAGGACUAACUAUUGCUGGGGGCUGCAUCACCCAGGAAGAUUCUGAUGCAGUGGACCGAGGGUUCCCAUCUCAGAUACGGCUGGGAAUUUCAUGCGUGAAACAUGAACAUCCCCUAGGCCUGAUCCUGUAAAGCAUUCAUUGCUGAUUUGGAUCUCAAAUUUAAAUUUUCAUACGUGGGUACCUGAAAAUCUGAGUUCCUACUGGAUAGAGCUGCUUUUCACCCCCUGGAAACUCCAUGCAACAUCCAAGUGACAGGCUGAAAUUUCCCAUAACUUGAAAAAUUAAAAAAUUUCUACUUUUAUGUAGUAUUAAAUAUAGCAGAUGUAUAGUAUAAAACACAAUGAAGAGGCUUAAAUGGGAUGAAAAUGUCAUAACAGGUUAUUUUAUCUUUCCCUGUAUACCAGUUAAUCAAAACGAUAUUUCUAUAAAAAUCAUUUUUUAACAUGAAAAGAAACCAGUUUAGGCACCUAAGCAGCAAUCCAAUUUUCAGGAGAUAAUUUUUCAUAUCUUUCAGUGAUUUCCCAUGGAACAGCGGCUACUGGUAGUUAGCAAUUUUAGAAGUCAGACAAUUUAAUGAAGUGUCUACACGUAGCUUAUAGGCCUGAUUUUAAUUUAGAAAAUUUUGGCCUUAAUUUCUCUGUGUCUUAGUCUUCCCAACUAUAAUACGGGAAUAAUAUGUGCCUCACAGGCUUUUUGUGAGGUCUGAAUUGUUAAUGUUUGUAAAAUGCUUAGGAAAUAGGAAGCACAUCUAACUACUAUGGAUUGCAAUAUAAAUGUGUAUUCAUAUAUUACAUAUAGAGUAGAUACACA